AUGUCACAUCGUAAGUUUGAGAGGCCUCGCCAUGGCUCUUUAGGAUUCUUGCCAAGAAAACGAUGCAAAAGAUUAAGAGGAAAAAUAAGAUCUUUUCCAAAAGAUGAUAAAGAAAAACCACCUCAUUUUACUGCAUUUAUGGGUUACAAGGCUGGGAUGACUCAUAUCGUAAGAGAAGUUGACAAACCUGGUUCCAAAUUACACAAAAAAGAAAUUGUAGAAGCAUGUACAAUUAUUGAAUGUGCACCUAUGGUUGUUGUUGGGAUGGUUGGAUAUAGAGAAACUCCAAAAGGAUUGAAAAUAUUGGCAACUGUUUGGGCUAGUCAUGUUUCGGAUGAAUUUAGAAGAAGAUAUUACAAGAACUGGUAUAAGAGUGAUAAAAAAGCAUUUACAAAAGCAUUGUUAGUUCCCAAGUUGACAAAAGAAAGUUUAUAUAAAAGAAUAGAAAAAUAUUGCACUGUUUUGAGAGCUGUUUGUCAUACCCAACCAUCUAAAACACCAUUAAGUAUGAAAAAGGCACAUAUUAUGGAAAUACAGGUAAAUGGAGGUAAGAUGAAAGAAAAAAUUGAUUUCCUUAAAGAUCUCUUAGAGAAAAAUUUACCUGUAUCAAAUGUAUUUAACACAAACGAAAUGAUUGAUGUUAUUAGUGUUACGAAAGGGCAUGGUACAAAAGGUGUUGUUAGUAGAUAUGGUGUAAAAAGAUUACCAAGAAAAACACACAGAGGGUUGAGAAAAGUUGCUUGCAUUGGUGCUUGGCAUCCUGCUAGAGUACAAUUCCAAGUACCAAGGCAUGGACAAAAGGGUUAUUUUCAUCGAACUGAAAGGAAUAAAAAAAUUUACAGAAUUGGUCUUAAAAAAGACAAAAAUAGCGCUUCAACAGACGCUGAUAUUACAGAAAAGAAAAUAACACCCAUAGGUGGUUUUCCACAUUAUGGUAUGGUAAAUGAAGAUUUUAUUUUAUUAAAAGGUUGUGUCGCUGGAACCAAGAAAAGGCCAAUCACUUUAAGAAAAACUUUGGUACCACAAGUUUCAAGAGAUGCCUUAGCGCAAGUUUCUCUUAAAUUUAUCGAUACCUCAUCCAAAAUUGGGCAUGGAAGAUUCCAAACGAGUGAAGAAAAGAUCAAGUAUUAUGGACCGCUAAAAAAAGACUUAAAGGCUUAA